AUGCCAGAAGAUGAUGUACAAAAUCAUGAAAGUUUGAUGGCUGUAGAGACGGAAGGUGGUCAAAUUAACCAAUUUCAAAUAAUGGAAGACAUGGUGCAUGAUGCUCUUAGGCAAAAUGAGUCGUGCCAAGCAUCUACUUCUAAUAACAUUGAAGAGGCUCCGAAUGAAGAAACACAAAGACUACAAAGAAUGUAUGCCUCAACACAAACUGCAGGACAAAUGACAUGGCACUAUCAGAACAUGUCGACGAAUGGUGUUUUGCAUCAUCCAUGCGAUGGAGAGGCUUGGAAGCACUUUCAUAGAGUAUAUCCUGACUUUGGUAUCGAGCCACGCAAUGUACGACUCGGUUUAUGCUCUAACGGUUUUAACCCACAUGUACAGGCAUCAAAUAUACUAUAUUCAUGUUGGCCAGUUAUUGUCACCCCUUAUAAUCUUCCUCUAGAAAUCUACAUGUCUAAACCUUACAUGUUCUUGACAUGUCUCAUUCCCGGGCCAUUCAAUCCAAAGGUUGGCAUAGAUGUUUACUUAGAGCCCUUGAUAGACGAAUUGAAGAAGCUGUGGACGGGUGUGAUAACAUAUGAUAUUUCAAGGAAACAAAACUUUAUUUUGAGGGCCAUGCUGAUGUGGACAAUUAAUGAUUUUCCUGCUUAUGGUAUGUUGUCCGGCUGGAGCACUCAUGGUAGACUGGCAUGCCCACAUUACAUGGAGCAUACAAAGGCUUUUAGAUUAUAUCAUGGGGCAAAAAAUUUGUGGUUUGACUCCCAUCGGAGGUUUUUACCGAAUGACCAUGCCUUUAGAAGGAAUAUAAAUGCUUUCAAGAAGGGGGAAGUGGAGAUGGAUGACGCACCACCAUAUCUUACGGGACCAGAAGUUUGGAAUAGAAUCAAUGGUUAUCCUGAAAUAACUGAAAAUGGUGCACCAAGAAUUGAUGGAUAUGGUGAGUGGCAUAAUUGGACGAAAAAAAGCAUCUUUUGGGAUCUACCCUAUUGGAAGGAUAAUUUGUUAAGGCAUAAUCUUGAUUUCAUGCACAUUGAAAAAAAUUUCUUUGACAACAUCUUUAAUACUGUGAUGAAUGUUGCGGGGAAGACAAAAGACAAUGACAAGGCCCGAAUGGAUAUAGCUUUGUAUUGUAGACGAAAAGAUUUGGAGCUAAAAAGUCAUAACAAUGGAAACAUGUAUAAGCCAAAAGCAAAUUAUACACUAUCAACAGACCAAAUAAAACAAGUCUGUCAUUGGGUAAAAGCUCUUAGGAUGCCUGAUGGAUAUUCUUCUAACUUGUCAAGGUGUGUUGAUGUGAAUAGGGGAAAGCUCAUUGGGAUGAAAAGCCAUGACUGCCAUGUGUUUAUGGAAUGCUUACUUCCAAUAGUGUUUAGUUCUUUACCGUCUCAUGUUCUCAAUCCCAUUACAGAGAUAAGUCAUUUCUUUAGAGAUUUGUGUUCUACUACAUUGAACAAGGAUGACCUAGUGAAGAUGGAAGAAAACAUUCCAAUCAUUCUGUGCAAGAUGGAGAGAAUAUUUCCUCCCUCAUUCUUUGAUUCUAUGGAACAUCUCCCUAUCCAUCUUCCAUAUGAGGCACGACUUGGUGGACCAGUCCACUAUAGGUGGAUGUACCCAUUUGAAAGGUUCAUGGGAUAUGCUAAACGUUCAGUAAAGAAUAAAGCUAAGGUUGAAGGAUCUAUUUGCGCAUCAUACUUGCACAGAGAAACAACUCAUUUUUGUUCCCACUAUUUCAAAAACUUCAUGUUAACACCACAAAGCAGUAGAAAUGAAGUAGACAUUGAAAUAGAAAGCUUUACGACAACAUUAUCAGUGUGUGACCAACCUGGCCGUCAUUUUGGGAGGGAAUCAACACAUUGGUUAAGUGAUGAAGAAUUGAGAUCAGCUCAUGUUUAUGUAUUGAUCAAUUGCAAUGAAGUUCAACCUUACCUUGAGUGA